ACCACCGGCGAGCGAACACAGACAGUCGCUGUUGACCUCUGCUCCGUCUGUUUAAUCCGCCGAAAGCCGUUGCAGUGAAGAGUUUGUGCGCACACGCGUCUUCGCUUCGCUUUAUCAUAAUCAGCAGCCAUCAGCCGGACAGUUGACUUGUGCUGUGGGCCGGGAGGGGUCUAACUGAGCCAUCGCGUUGGACCAUUAAAUUUAAUGCCGCGGAUGAAAGUGAUUUGCGCUGCUCGUUUACCAAGUGUACUAUACUUUACGCGUUUGCUUGCGGCUCGUGCACAGAGCAGACCUCGGUUUGAAUUGCAUCCACAGUCUAUAAUUACCUAUCUAUAUAAACUGAACAGUUAAAACUACUUAUUCAAAAUGGGAAAUGCAGGAUACACAUGCAUUCGAAGGACGUUCUGUUGGCUAAAUAUAAUUUUAUGGCUUUGCAGCUGUGCUUUCUUGGGUGUCGGCGUGUGGCUGCGUCUGUCGUACGAGGGCUACGCCACGCUGCUGCCCGAUCACCAGGUCUUGAGCGCAGACUCGAUUUUCUUAGCGAUCGGUGUGAUCGGCUUUGUUGUAUCAUUCUUCGGCUGUUGCGGCGCUUGGGUGCAAUCGCGUUGUCUCUUGGUGUUGUACUUCCUGCUGAUUGUCAUGCUUUUCUUGAGUGAAUUCCUAAUCGGUGCGAUUGCUUUCCUGUUCCGCGGCGGUUUGGGACGCACCUUUGCCAACGAAUUGCGUUUCGGUAUCGAACGUCAUUAUAAUGCAUCUGAUCGUGGCAGUUUGAUUGCGCCAUCUGUCGCCGCGAUCUGGGAUAGUGUGCAACAAUCUUUCGAAUGUUGCGGAGUGUCCUCUUAUGAAGAUUGGUAUGAUAUUCAGUCGUGGAGCGGCAAACGUUGGGUGCCUGAAUCGUGCUGCCGGCCCUCGGAGGCGCGUAGCUUGUUGACGGAGGGAUCUGGAGAUAGUUUUCUGCGAGUUGAUUGUGGAAAAUCCGAAAAUCCCGCGCUUUGGUGGAGUAAAGGCUGCGCCCACUCCCUGCAAGCCUGGUUCCAGGGGCAGCUGAAUAUCGUCGGCGCUGUUGGUUUGGGCAUUGCAUUCGUUCAACUCUUCGGCUUAAUUACAUCGAUGCUUCUGUUCUGCACCGUUAAACAUAAACGUGAAACUGAGACAUACAAAUCCUAUUCGCCAUCGAUUGAUCCGCAGACCCGAACGAGUAGCUGGGAGGACUGAAGCCGACUUUAGCAGCGUGCUAAGAGCAACGAUAGUAUUCUUAUCAUAUCUUAUUGAUUAAAGACAUUUAAUUAAGAUAUUUAUAUAACACGAAUUUGAUGCAAUGAAAAACGAAUAGCAUAAGUAACUAAAAUACUUGAUAAAUGUAUUUAGUAGUAAACAAAAAAAAAAACAACAAGAUAUGUUUAGUCAUACAAUUUUUGCUAACUUGUAUGCAAAGUGUGCCAAAAAUAUUUGUUAAGUGUCUUACCCUGUUUGGCGUAGGCAAUUGUAGGCUAUUUAUUAUAGGAUACUCUUUAAUGUGCGAGAGCAAUACUCAAUCUUUCUGGAAAAACAAGUGAACGGGCGACGAAAUUUAUUUAAAUCAACUGCAUAAACUGCCAGUUAAGAUACGUAAUAGAUAUUUGCAACAAAAGACGAGUAUUAUUAAAAAUCUAUGUUUAAACUCUUUAUAGCGUUGAUCUAGUGGGUUUCAAAAGUAAAUUGAAUUACUAGAUUUAUAAGUGUAGAAUUGGACUUUAAAGUGCGUUUUAAUAUUAAGUAAUAUGCAAAGCACCAAUUUGAUAUAAGUUGUCUUCAAUUUGUUAAAACUUGGAAAGUGGCGAAUCGAAAAAACAACUGUUAUAAUCAAAUAGGAAUAAGAAAUAAGGAAUAUAAAUAAGUUAUAUCAGUUAAAUUAGA